AUCAGCGUUUUUAAAUAUAUUAAGUAUUUCUUUACUGAAAAAAAUCAACUAAAAAUUCACAAAUCUCAAACAUUAACCAUGAUUAUGAACCUGAUUCAGCAGCUGACUAUGAGAGAAUACCACGUCCUAGAAAAUCUGCAAAAACUCUGCUAGAAACCUACCUGUAUAUAUGUAAGAAAAGAUAUGAAAUGGUGUAUAAUUAACUUUCUUUACUUCCUGGUAACCUAACCUGUAAGAAUGAGUAAGGAAUAAAACCCUUGGGGGCAUGUUGUUACAGGAAAAUAAUCACUGAUAGGGUGGAAACUUGCCAACACUAACCAUUUUUAUUUAUUACAUGACGCAUCAUACUUUUAUAUUCAUUUAUAAUUAUAUUUAAUGCUGUUGGACUUCAGAAAAACAAGUUAUUGCAGAGGAUUGUGUGUGGACUCAUGAUGUAUUAUGCCAAUAAAUCCUGAGUUGGUGGGUGGGGGGUAUUUGUCAAAGGGAUUUGUCAGUAGCGUCUUCUUUCACAAAAACAAAUAUUGCAGUUUUACGAUUUUGUAUUUACGGUAAUGUUCAGUUGUACGUUUCAUUAUGUUUUUGUUUUCUCUCCUUUAGGAAUACUCAAUUUCCUUGCUUUGUUGAAAGCUGUGUGGUUCUCACCAUGUCUACAAGGCCACGUGUUAAUACCCGCCUUGUGUUCCGGCUCUACGAGAACGCUCCAGACGUGGUGCAUGAGGUGCUCCGGGAGGAGUUCGACCCUCAGGAGCAGGAGGAAGGAGCCUGGAAUCUGUACUGGCGCAGCUCGGCUUUCCGCAGCUCAGACUAUGAGAAUGUGUUGUACUUUCAGAGGCUGAAUCACCAUCCUAAAACAGCAAUUAUCUCACGCGAGGAUUGCCUGGCACAGAACCUGAGAAGAAUGAGAGGCAGGUACGGCCCUGCGCUUUAUGACUUCAGUCCCCUGGCCUUCAUCCUGCCAAAUGAUUACACCAGGUUUCUGGAGGAGUACGAAAAAAACAGAGGAAAGCGCGUGGACGGGAUCUGUAAGCCGGUGGAUCUCUCUCGAGGGAGGGGUAUAUUUAUCUUUGAGAAUAUCAUACACUUGACUUAUGCCUCACCAGUGAUUGUACAGAAAUAUAUAAGCAACCCGUUUCUGAUCUCAGGCUACAGAUUUGACCUGCGCAUCUACGUGUGUGUGAAGAGUUUCCGUCCUCUUACGAUCUACAAAAUCCAGGAAGCCACCGUACGCCCUGUAGCAUAUUUCACGACUGAUAAAUACGACCUGGCAUCUCUAGACAACCUGUUCUCUCACCUCACAAACAACAAAUUGGGUUUAUUCUACAGCACGGAUAAAGAGUGCGUAGGUCAGGGGUGUAAGUGGACCAUGAGUAAAUUCCGCAGCUUCCUUCACAGCCAAGACAUCAGUGAAGUUCAGCUCUGGCAAAAAAUCAGCUGUGUGGAGCUGUUUGGAUUUGAUAUCCUCAUCGAUUCCAACUUCAAGCCUUGGCUUUUAGAGGCCACGUACAAUCCGGCACGUUCUUUGGACUGUCCUGUUGAUAUAAAGGUCAAAAAAAAACGUCUGAUAAAUGACAUCAUUGACUCGAUGAACUACAGGAAGAUUGACAGGCUGAGGCGAAGAAAAUUGUCUUAGAAAAUGCUGCUUGCACACCGUGAGCUUAGUGCCAAAAAUUGCACGAGUACUUCUCGUU